CUGCGAAUGCGCAUUUCUGCAUUCCACACCCCAAAAUGGCCAUAAUUACAAGAAAACGGAAGGCUGCAACGCGCGAAGUACCAGUAGACAAUUUCUCUGACGAGGAAUUGGCAGAUGGUCUUUUGGAAGGCAUCUUGUCGCACAGCGAGGACGAGUCUGGCGAGAGCCAGAACGAAGAUGAGGAGGAGAGUAUAGGAAGCAGCGACAUCGAGGGUCUCUCCGAUGAGGAUGAGGAGGAUAUUGAUAGCGAUGAGAUACCCUCCGAUAGUGAAGAAGCUGUCCGCAAGCAAAUACGAGACCUCAGCACUUCAGACAAGCCGUUGAAGAAGAAAACCUCAGGCUUGACCCACGAGCAAGACCUCAAUGGCGAUGCUGAGGCAAACGACCACCUCGAUUCCGAUGACGACGACAGGCCCAAUUACACCGUCACCACCGAUGCCAAUGGCAACACACGCUACAUCUACAAAGAGAUCGAUCCUGUGUACGACUCCGACGAGUCCGAUGCACCAGAGACUACGAACACCAUCGGCAACAUUCCCCUCAAAUACUACGAUAAUUACCCACACAUAGGCUAUGAUAUCAAUGGAAAGAAGAUCAUGCGCCCUGCAAAGGGAGAGGCUCUCGAUGCGCUUCUCGACAGCAUCGAUCUUCCUAAGGGCUGGACUGGUCUCACUGAUCCGGCCACUGGAAAGCCGCUGCAACUGUCGGAAGAGGAAUUGGACGUUCUCCGACGAGUCACUAGGAACGAGAUACAUGAGGAUGGUUAUGACCCGUACCCAGAGAUGAUCACCUACUUCUCUGGUAAGGAGGAAAUCAUGCCUCUGAGCGCUGCUCCUGAGCCCAAACGACGAUUCGUGCCCUCUAAGCAUGAAGCCAAGCGAGUAAUGAAGAUUGUCAAGGCUAUAAGAGAAGGCAGGAUUCAACCAUACAAGGAACCGACUGGAGACGAAGAGCAGGAGGAGGAGCAACAGUUUAGCUAUGAUGUUUGGGCAGACGAGACACCCCGACCGGAACACUCCAUGCACAUUGCCGCACCCAAAUUGCCCCCACCAGGCUACGACCAGAGUUACCAUCCCCCAGCCGAGUAUCUACCCGACAAAGCAGAGAUUGCCGCUUGGGAGGAAGAGGAUGAAGAAGACCGCGAGCGGGAGUAUCUGCCUCGAAAUCACGAGGCACUACGAAAAGUCCCAGGAUACGAUAGGUUCGUCAAGGAACGAUUCGAGCGCAGUUUGGAUCUCUACCUGGCACCACGUGUACGCAGAAACAAGCUCAACAUCGACCCAGAGUCGCUGUUGCCUAAGCUGCCCAAUCCCGAUGAACUCAAGCCCUUCCCAUCCACCUGCGCCGCCAUCUUCCGUGGCCAGGAGGGCCGCGUGCGCAGCGUCUCCAUUGACUCUCGAGGCAUCUACGUUGCUUCCGGAGGAGAUGAUGGCUAUGCACGCAUAUGGGAGAUCCUUACCGGCAGGCAGGUAUGGAACGUCAAGCUGUCUGACGAGGAUGCUGUCGAUUCUGUGAGCUGGAGGCCAGGCAAAGACGCUGCCGUGCUGGCCGCCGCUGCCGGAGAGACCAUCUACCUCAUCGUUCCGUUUACCAUUCUCACGCCUGACGUCGAGCAAGCUGGACGAGAUCUGCUGGAUGCUGGAUGGGGCUACGCAGCCACAAAACCGCAGACCAGCGGCGCCAUCACCAAAGAGCCCCCAGCGAAGUGGAGCCGCCCCGGGACCAAGCUCGAAAACAAGGGUGUGCUGGUCCAGGCCACUGUCCGAUCUACCAUCAAGGUGGUCAACUGGCACCGAAGGGGCGAUUACUUCGCGACCGUCUCACCGCGCGGCCAGAGCAGCUCUGUCGCCAUCCACACCGUGUCGAAGCACCUCACACAACUGCCCUUCCGCCGACUCAAGGGUCUGGCGCAGUCCGCACAGUUCCACCCGAGCAAGCCCAUCUUCUUCGUUGCGACCAGGAACACAAUCCGCAGCUACGAUCUCGCCAAGCAGGAGCUCGUCAAGAUCAUCCAGCCCGGCGCCAAAUGGAUCUCGUCGUUCGACGUGCACCCCGGCGGCGACAAUCUCAUCGUCGGCACGUACGACAAGCGUCUUUUGUGGCACGACCUCGACCUCUCCAACAAACCCUACAAGACUCUUCGAUAUCACCAGGAGGCCAUCCGUGCCGUCGCGUACCACCAAGGUGGGCUGCCUCUCUUCGCCGACGCCAGCGACGACGGAAGUCUCCAGAUUUUCCAUGGCAAGGUGGUGGGAGAUCUCAUGGAGAACGCUACUAUUGUUCCAUUGAAGGUGCUCCGAGGCCAUCAAGUCAAGAGCAGGCUAGGAGUCAUGGAUGUGCAAUGGCAUCCGAGGGAGCCAUGGUGCGUUAGUGCGGGUGCGGAUGGGACGUUGAGAUUGUGGAAUUAGGCGGAGGUCCGGGGUUGAAACCAAAAAAGUACAGAAGUCUUGUUAGAUAGAGAUACUAUACCAACCUGCAUGCUGGGGC